UAACGAUAAUAAUGCAUUACUCAUCAUCCAUCAAUAACUCAUUUUUUUUCUCCUUUUAUUUACCCUUUAUAUUUCCAACUUUCCCUCACAAAUAACACUCUGAUUUCGAUAUACUGAAAGAGGAAACCAAAAAAAAAAAAAAUGUCCACAACUUUGGAUUCUAAUCCCACUGUAGUUGAUGAGUGUCGUGGUGUCCUUCAUGUGUAUAGUGAUGGCUCCAUUGUACGCUCUUCAAAGCCAGGCUUCAACGUCCCGGUUGAAGACGACGGCACCGUUUUGUGGAAAGAUGUCGUUUUUGACUCUGCCCAUGAUCUUCAGCUUCGGCUCUAUAAGCCAGCCGAUUCAUCUGGCUCCAAGCUUCCCGUUUUCUUCUAUAUCCAUGGCGGCGGCUUCUGCAUCGGCUCCCGCACAUGGCCUAACUGUCAAAACUACUGCUUCCGGCUGGCUUCUGAGCUUCGAGCCGUGGUUGUCGCCCCAGAUUAUCGGCUGGCUCCAGAGAACCGCCUCCCGGCUGCAAUUGACGAUGGUUUUAUGGCUCUCAGGUGGCUUCAAGCCCAAGCUGUGAGCCAUGAGCCCGAUCCCUGGUUGAGCCAUGUGGCUGAUUUCAGCCGGGUGUUUGUUUCGGGUGACUCGGCUGGUGGAAACAUAGCUCAUAAUUUGGCGGCUGGGCUCGGAUAUGGGUCACCUGAGUUGGCACCAGUUCGGGUCAGGGGUUAUGUUCUAUUGGCACCUUUCUUUGGUGGAACUAUCCAAACAAAGUCAGAAGUUGAAGGACCAAAAGAUGCUUUUCUCAAUUUAGAACUUAUUGAUAGGUAUUGGAGGCUUUCUAUACCUGUUGGGGACACUACUGAUCACCCACUUGUGAAUCCAUUUGGACCAGUUAGCAAGAGCCUUGAAGCAAUUGAUCUUGACCCAAUUCUAGUGGUGGUUGGAGGAAUUGAUUUGCUUAAAGACAGGGCAGAGGAUUAUGCAAGGAGGCUUAAGAAUUGGGGCAAAGAUAUAGAGUAUGUUGAAUUUGAAGGACAACCACAUGGUUUCUUUACUAUUGAUCCCAACUCAGAACCAUCGAACAAGUUGAUGUUGAUCAUCAAACAAUUCAUAGAGAAACAUUUGGGCUAAGUUUGAGGGCUCCAAAUACAGCUGUAACAUGCAUCUUUAUUGUAGUGGCUUUUAGAGUGGUCCUUGGUUUUAACUCCUACUGGGUUUCAAAUACGUGGAGUUACAAGCUAAAGGGGUCAAAAAUAACUAUCGAUGCAUCAAGUUUAUUUUAUCCAAAACCUGUGUUGAAUUGCUAUUUAUAAAAGUUUCCUCUUGUAAGCUAAUAAAUGCUUCAAUUUCUGAGUCUGCGGUAGAUUUGGCAUGG